GUUCAAUUCACUUGAGGUCAAGUACAACAGGAUGACAAAAAGAAAUUUCCUGCUCGUUUCCUUCUUCAUCUCGUUCAUGUUCUCAUCGUCUUCAGCAUUCGUCGCAUUCCCCAGCGAUCUCCUGCUGCGACUUCGCCCGCGUUCUCUCCCUUGGUGUCGAGCAGCAGGAGUUUGGAAGAACUUGAGGAUGAGCGCGCCGGAAGCAAAGGGGCUGGUUGGGGUGUGGGAUGUGAAGUACACAAUAGAAGGAGAGAGUUUCUCGACUUCAGUCUGGCUGGCUGAGAACGGGAUGGUGGUGGAAACAAACAAGGGAAGAGAAGCAGGAGGAGGGAGGAGGCAGGAGAAAGUAUCAAGGAGAGAGGAGGGAGGGAGGAAGGAAGAAGGAGGAGAUGACAGUGAGGGAGGAAGGAUUCUGCUAGAUCAGGCGAGAUGGUCUGCCUACCCGAAGCUUACAAAGAUCGUGAUCAACGUGAACCUGCCUGGAGGCUCCCGCCUUCACCUGCUGGGACAGCUAAGGGGGAGGAACUCGACCUCGCCGGUGCUCGAGGGGCACAUCGAGGAGGGGAGCGAGGACGGAGAGUUCGUGGGGACCUUCAGCAUGCAGCAGACCUUACGGGCGCAUCCUAACGCGUCUCUUGCGGCCAGGAAGCAGCAGCAGAAGGUGCUCGCGUUUGGGAGAGGGCAGCUGGGAGGCAGGUGGACACUGCAGGGGAUGCUGGAGGAGAGCCCUAUGCUGGUGCAGCUGGAGCUGGAGGAGAGCGGAGACUUUUGCUCGGUCGGAGAAGAGAGCAUGAAGCUGGCGGGCAGGUGGGGGGUGUACAGGGAGGAGGAGGCGACUGGGGCGCAGCAGCACAAGGGAACGCACCUGUGGCUGUGGGUGAGGAGAAGCCUUUGCUGGGGACUGGCUCUCAACGCCGACUACCGGAUGCUGGGAAAGAUCCGCCCGGCUCGGUCGCUUCAGCUGGAGGAGGAGUUGGCCCUGUACAAGGAGGACGCGCGAUGGGAGGAGGAGAGGCCACCGGUUGAGGUGCAAGGUCACGUGCUGUGGGGGAACAUCGCAGACAUGGAGUACUCCUGCCUUGUCGGAUCUUUCAGCCUGGUGCAGGACAAGCAGGAGGGGGGGAGGCGGGAGGCAGGGCCUUGA